AUGCCAUUCGUUCAUAUCACCUGGUUGCCCAAAGCUUGCCGAACAGCUGCUGUCCGAAAGGAAGUAGCAGAUGCGGUCAUCAAGGCCAUGUGUGCGCAGAAGGACGCGGAUAUCUCGCCGGAAAAUUUGGUAGUUCGUUUCAGCGAAGCCGUUGACGGAUUCCCAUUGCCGAAGGGCCAUUCUGAAAACCCUGCGUUGCAAGCACCGCAAAAGCCAGAGGCUGAAGCGUUCCUCGCAGAGAAGAAGUGA